AAACAAUGACAGUUAAGAAAGCCAGAAGCGGCGGGCUGGCCGCGGUGGUGUCCCGCCAGUGGCUGCAUGCCAACAAACAGCUGGACAUCCUCGGCCUCCCCAAGCCCCCCGCCCUCCUCUACAACGUCACCGUCGGCUUCAACGAAAAGGACCAGCUCCAACUCCUCACCAAAGACGAAGACGACAAAACAAAAGACUACGACAAAACCAAACAAGAGAACAUCAACAUCGAUGACAUUGCCAACUGCGUCAACAUAGAAAACUACCCCAAUUUCGACCACACUCUAGUCUUCUACAUAACCAAAAACCUCAGCAAAGAAGCGAUAGUCCUGAAAUUCGAGAACGAACAAGACUUCAAGAGGAUAUACUUCACGUAUAAGUACUUCAAGAUGAGGAACCGGCUCACGAAGAACUCGAAUAACUACGCGAGCAGCGACAACCUGUUUUCUAAGAAGAAAACGUACGAACUGUUCAGUAGGAAUAGGAAGAACAGCAUGGAUGACUAUAGCAUUUACGACAAAGGUCGGGCGGAGUUCGAUUUGAUGCAGACGACCGACAACGAUGGGGUGACGCAUAUAUCGGUCCAGCAGAAAGGGUUGAACAGAUUUGACCAGCCGAUGAGCCUGAUCGGUAUAAGAACUGAUGCAGGCGACAUAGGGGAGAUAGAUAGCAUAAUUUACACUGAUAUAGACAUUCCCGCAAAGCCUGAGAGGAAAAGACUGUUUCACAAGAAAUCUAAAGCCCCUCAGCCUCCUUUGAGUAAAGAUAGUCAGUCUAAAGUGUUGAAAGGAGAAUUUGUUAGAGUGAAUGUAGACAGAGCGCCAGACGUGGUGCCUAGAGAUAACAAGCAGAAUAAGGUCCCUGAUAUCCUUCUGUUUCGUGAUGGGAAGACGAAGAGGAACAGUCCGCCCAGCACUCUUUGGUCCACUAGCAAUAAAGUGACCGCCGGCUACGAGUCCGACCGCGAGGAGUGGAAGAGCAGCCGCUCCCAGUUCUCCACCACGGCCUUCGACAGCCUCGCGCGACCCACCAAGACCGCCAUGGCCCUCACCCUCAAAAAACCCCAGCGGCUUGACCCCGUACCCCAGUACUACCGCCUUCCAAGCGACCCCAAACCCAAACUCACCCCCCUCCCCUUCCGACCCAACAACUUCCUCCAAAGACCCCCCAGACUACCCCGACCGAACCCAGAAAUAAAACGCAACUUCCUCAACACCGACCACAGAAAGUUCACCUCCCUCCAAAGCUUAGAACUCCCGAAGAAACUCAGCGAGCCAAAGAAACAGAACGAUGUCAAAAAAACGAACUAUUCGAACAUAUCUAAUAGGAUCACUGGUUUGACGAAUAAACUGCGAGAUCUAGGCAAUCCGAGCAACACGAUUGGUCGCUUCAAGGCGCAGUCGCACGGUGACGUCGCCAAUUUGAAGCCAGUUUUGAAAACUAACGCCCAAGAUGGCGCCAAACGAUCAGUUGUGAGGACUUGCAGUGCUGAACCACCAAAGAAAGUCACUUUCAGCGCGUUCGCCACCGUUCAGGUGGUUUAAUAUCGAGUGGCUUAAGUUAAAUAUCGAGUGGUUUAAGUUAAAUAUCGGGUGCUCGAAAUUUAGUGUGAUCUAAUCAAAUUGGAAAUUGGUGGCAAUAAUAGUGAUGAGUAAUUCUAAAGUCGAUGUAAAUUUUUAUUUUGAAUGAAUUAAAUUGAUUUAUUGAUGAUCGAUUGUAUCUCGAUAAAUGUAAUGUUGACUGGAGUUAAGAUGUGAAUGUUAUAGGAAAUAUUCAAAGCAUUAUUUAGAUUGUAAAUCAAAUGAAGAUAGGCCGGGAUUUGUGUGUAAAUAUAAUGUACUUAUUUCUAAAGUGUUGUGUAACGCACACAGUUAACACUAGAAACAUUUACGAAAUUUUAUUAGUCUUAAUAAAAUGUCUUUAAUAUAUGAACACUUCUAUAUUGCACAGCAAAAAUUCGCACGCUACUUUCACAUGAUUUAAUGUAAAAUAUCGAUCAAUCAAAUGCACAUCACUACAGCUUGAUUUAUACUAUUUAUUAAUAUUAUUUUUAAUGUGAUUUCUGUUAUUUUUGAAUCUGAUCUGACAGUUGCUGGCAAUGUUCCCGUCUUAACUGAGGAUUUCCAAAAGGAGUGUUGCGAAUGUUGCAAUGUUGCAAUUUCGUGAAAUGUCGCCAAUCUUAAGGCUGAGAUUGCUGUCGGACAGUUUCAGAUACAAGAAAUUGAUGAGGUUGAUGGUAGUCUUUAGAUGUUAUCGUUAGCCAUAAGUAGAUAGGUACUAUUAG